AUGAUGGACAUUGAGCAGGUAGCUUUUCCUAACAACGAUAACACUUGGGUUAUCCAGUCAGCGGUUUAUAAAAACUCGAGGCAAUUUUUAUACCCAUUACUAUAUUUUUGUGGGAUAUCUAAAUCAAUGCUUCUUUGUUCAGGCGGCAUUGGAUUGCAUCUGUUACCGAUCCUCGUGUGUGUUCUCACCUUUGUUGCAGUCACGACUUGUGAUGCUGGUUCAAAGAUCCCAGAAAGUUGUAUUUUCGGUCAAUUAUUAAAUAUUGUUUCAGUUUUGGCAGGUUUAUGCUUCUACUCAUGGCAUAAACAUUUGCUAGAUUAUAGCCAGAAAUUUAAUCAACAAUGUUAUCGUCAAAUUAGAUUGGCUAGAGUUGCUUUAUGUUUUGGUCUUAUAUGUGCAGUUGGUAUGAGUAUAGUAGCCAACUUUCAACAACGAAAUAUGUGCUCGUUGUUUUUAUGA